AAUAACAAUAAGCCUCCAUAUACAUUUAUAUAUUAACGCUUGAGUAUUAGAUAUAAAUGUAUCCAAUUAUGAAAUAUCCAUACAAACUACUUUGAUACUAUGAUAAAUAAGUGACAUUACAACACCAACACGAACACCAACAACAAAAAAUACAUAAAUAAAUAAAUAAAAUUCUAACUAAUGGGGGAAUAAAACCCACAAAUCGUUUAUUUAACAAAUACAUACAUGUAUGUACACUAAUGGAGUGAGUACAAAAAACACUCUAGUGACUGCAUUUCUUCUUUCCCUCCCAGGGUAUUUAAAUCACUCUGUUUCUAAUGCAUAUUAUUACACUCUUCCUGGUUCUGUGAAUAUUAAAAAAUAUCCCUGUUAUUAUUAUUAUUACUAUUACUAUCGUUAUUAUUGUUAUUGUCCAGAAAUGCGAUGUAAUAAUAGAUAAAAAUUGUGAAAUCUAUUACGCUUUAUGAAUAAUUAUGUGAUUAAAAAAUAGUAAUAAUAUAAUAACACUAAUAAUAACCUGCGAAAUUAUCGGUGCUCAAUUUAUCUCUACUUUUGAUGCAAUAAUGGAAAUUUAUGAAUAUUAAUUUUAUUCCCCUCAGUAUCAUUAUUAUCAUUUAAAAGACUAUAUAAUCAGUUACAAAAAUAAUAUAAAAACAUCUAUAUACUACUACUACUAUACUACUGUGGAUUUAUAUCAGAAGUGAAUCAUGCAUACAUGCGAUGGUGAAGUGUCCUCGUUGAAUUCCCUUCAUACUAUUACUAACAAUAAUAAUAUAAUAAUGAUAAUAAUGAUAACAAUGAUAAUAUUCACAGUAAUACAUCGUCAAACUCUUCACCGAAUUCUUUCGAUUCAUUUCGAGCUCCAUCAAUCACUGGUUUACCACAGUUGAAAAAUCUUACAGCUACAGAAAUACACAAUGUUAAUAAACAUCCUUUAAUUUCAUAUCCUAAUGAAAAAUCCUUUAUUAAACAAUUACCAGAUAUCAUAACAACUAAUAUUAUUAUCAAUGAGGAUAGAUUUCAUACAAAUGGACAAUUAUUGACUGGUUCUGGUGGUGGGGGUCUUGUUGUUGGUGGUUUAAUGGACAGUUCUGAAUGUUGUAUAACCAACAAGAUUGAAAAUCGUAAUCAAUGGGAAAUUGGAUUCAGCAGAGAGCAAAUGAAUCAUCUGGUGACUACUAGACAGAAGUCGACAAAAAAUACCUGUUUCUGUGGUCCAGGACGUAAACGUUAUCUUAUAGCUUUCUUAUGCUGUGCAUGCCUUACAGUUGUCAUUGGAAUGCGAUCAGAAAUGCUAGGAAUUAUUACAAAUUUAAAUAAUACAAAUAAUCGUGUAUCCCUUGGAUUUAGACAUGGUUUCAUUGGACACAGUCAACCAGGUGAAUUAUUCAAACAUCAAAAAGAUGAAAAUUUAGACAGUUUAAGUAUAUCACCAGAAGAUGAGAUAAGCAUGGAGGGAUCUUUAAGUCAUAGUGAAGAAUUACAUAAUGAUCCACAUCAAGUGAAUGAAAUAUCACGUUAUUCUACUUCAUUGAUAUUUAAACCAUCAGAACAUCGUAAAAUGCCAUGGACAGAAGCAAUUCAAAAUGAUAUUGUUGAAAAUGCUGUAUUUUUUGCUUAUUUAAUUACUAGUCCAAUUGGUGGUUAUCUAACUGUAAAUUAUGAUUCAUCAUUCCUACUCGGUGGUUCAGUUGCUAUCACGUGUGGAAUGAAUCUUUUUCUACCACUUGUCGAGACAAUCGGUAACAAUAUCAAUGCUAAACUUGUAAUGAUUAUCCUAUUAAGAUUAAUUCAAGGUUUAGCUGAAGGGUGUUUAAUACCUGCUGUAUUUGGUAUAUUACGAUUUUGGAGUCCAGAGAAUGAACGUUCAACACUGGUAUGCUUAGCUGUAAUUGGUGUUUCCCUGGGGCCUUUAAUUGGUUUACCUGUAUGCGCUGAAAUUGAAAAGAAAUGGGGUUGGGGUGUUGUUUUCUAUAUAUAUGCUAAUUUAGGCUUAAUAUGGUGUAUAUUUUGGUGGAGAUUAAUUGAUGAAAAACCAAAUAAAGAUAAAAAAUUAGGUAAACGUGAAUUGAAUUUUUUAAAAUCAACUAUACCAAAUCGGAUAUUAUACACUCAAGGAUAUACAAAAAUACCAUGGCAAAAAAUAUUUACAUCUCGUCCUGUAUAUGCUAUUCUAUUCACUUAUGCUGCUGAUGAUUGGACAUUUCAAAUCUCUUCAGUUUGCAUGCAGUCAUUUUAUCGACAAAUGUAUGAUGUUGACGUCGAGCGGACUAUAUUUUUUCUAUCAUUUCCAUUUUUAUCCAGAUCAAUGUUUGUACCAAUUGGUGGUAUAUUUGCAGACUUUUUAAGAAUCAAUACAAGCCUUUCAAGAACAACAAUACGCAAAAUGUUUGCUGGAUUAGGCUUUGGAUUAAAAGGAAUAUUCUUUAUUGCUCUCGGGUAUGCACCAUCAGAAAUUUAUGCUACUAUGCUACUUUCAUUAGCCCUGGGAUUCUCAGGUCUGGCAGUUGCAGGCUAUGCUGUAAAUGUAAUUGAUUUAGCUCCCAAUUUCUCAGGUUUGGUAAUGGGAUUUGCAAAUAGUGUCAGUACAUUCACGGGUAUUCUGUCAACAUUCAUUGCAUCGAUUGUAGUGAGUAAAUUUGGUUUGGAAUUAAAAAGUGGUUGGAGAGUUGCACUAUGCCUAGCAGCAUGCAGUCAAUUCGGUGCAAUGAUCACCUAUUUAAUAUUUGGUUCAAGUGAACAACAACCAUGGGCUUAUUCAACGCCAACAGACAAUGCUGAUAAUGAUUAUCAUACGAGAUCUGAUGAUGAUGAUGAAAUGGAUAAUUCACUAGAUUAACUAGAUUGAUUAACAACUCAUCAGUGAAAUGAUACAAGCAUGUGUUUUAAUUAGCAUCGGGAGGGUUUUCUGAAAUAACCUUUGUUAAUUUCUCCUUUCCCUUUUCCCAUUUUGUUGAAAGAUCCAAUCACUUACGUGUAUAUUUUCCUGUUGUUUUACAAAUGUAUAUUUUUUUAUUAUUAAAAAAAUUAAAAUGACAGCUUCAGUGUAUAUUAGUUUUCCCGACCCCCCCCCCCCGCUAUUAUCUCGAUAUACUGACAUAUGCUAAAAACCAAACACUUACAUUAAUUGUGAUUUAAUUGACAAAAUCAUUC